GCCGACACCCGGAAGAGACGUGGCAGCAGCGGCAGUAGUAACAGUGGGAGGCAGAGGCAGCGGUGACGGGCCGAGUGGACGCCAUGGGGCUCUGCAAGUGCCCGAAGCGCCGCGUCACCAACCUCUUCUGCUUCGAACACCGCGUCAACGUGUGCGAGCACUGUCUCAUCUCCAAGCACAGCAAGUGCAUCGUUCAGUCGUACCUCCAGUGGCUCCAGGACAGCGACUACAGCCCCAGCUGCCGCCUCUGCAGCGCGCCGCUCGCCGAUGAUGACACGGUCCGGCUGGUCUGUUACGACCUCUUCCACUGGUCGUGCCUGAACAAUCUGGCAUCACGUUUACCGAGGAACACGGCGCCGGCGGGGUACCAGUGCCCGAGCUGCAGUGGCCCCAUCUUCCCCCCGGACAACAUGGUCAGUCCGGUGGCCAGCGUGCUGAAGGAGAGGCUCGCCACCGUCAACUGGGCCAGGGCCGGCCUCGGCCUCCCGCUGGUGGAAGAGGAGGAGACGUCACGGGAACAGGGAUCGCUCGACACCACCGACUGGUCCAGUUUCUCUGUUCCCAGCGUGGAUGAGCACCCAGCCAGGACCCCGGCGUUCCCCUCCGACGGCUUCUCCUCCCUGCAGGAGUACGUGGACGAUCCGGGCGGAGAAAGCAAGGCGCAGCGUUCCCAGGACGUGGAGCCCAGCGGCGAGUCGUUCUCCGUGAAUGUGGGGACGGCCCAGGUAGCCUCGCCCAGGAAGGUGUACGACACCAUCGCACAGGACGCCGCCAGGCCGACCGCCACGCAGCUCGAUUUCGACGACGACAAGUACAGGAGGCGGCCGGCUCUCACCUGGUUUGCCCGGUGGGUCAGGAAUGCGACGGGCUCGGGACCGAAGAGGCGCUCGCUGACCCGGAUGCAGCGCCUGCUGCUGCUGUUGGUGUUGGGCGUCCUGGGCUUCCUGACGCUCCUGGUGGUGAUGUCGCGGCUUGGCCGCGCGUCCGUGGAGAACGAUCCCAGCUGGGACCUCAUGCAGAACCCCCACAUCCAGGUGGGGGCUGAGUAGAGCCCUCGAAGCGAGCUGCGUCCGUACGGGAGUCCAGCCACUCUGCUUCUCUGGCUCCACUGGUAACUGGACCCAGAAUUCUCUCCCCCCCACCCCAGUACUCAUUUCCCUCCGAGCCAGCUGUUAAACAGUGCCCCUCCCUCGAAACCGUGCCCUUCCCAGCGAGGCGGUCUGAGAUGCUGUAACAAACAACGCAUUUUAUUUCCACCUGCUGAACUUCGACCGCCGUGACCCUUACCACGGCGGGGUGGGGGGGGGGGGCACAGUCCCCGAGCUGAUUUGCAGGUGGGCUGCAGGUCUCUGCCAGGUCCCAGACAACAGGGAAGCGGGAGGGUGUCGGGGGUCAGCAGAGUCAGUAUUUCUCCUCCCGAAACUUCACAAUGAACAACUCGAACCAGAUCCGAGCGAUGAAGAGGCUCAAGUUCAGCACUGCCGGGUGAAGGGAGAGACCGGGGAAGAGGGGAGGGGGCAGAGAGAGGGAAAGGGAUGAGCAGUGGGGCAGGGGAGAGAUGGAGGAGGAGGGAGAGCGAUGAGGGAGGAGGCGGGUGAGUGGGAGAGAAUGGGGGAGGGAAGGGGACAGAGAGAGCGGGGUGAGUGGACACAUUGCAGGCAGGGGAGGGGAUCAGUUGUCCUCCUCCGGUGAAAGAGUCUCCCACUGGGACAGCCCUACCCCUACAGGCUCACCGGCCAGACCGCGCUGAGGUGGAGGAUUCACCCAGGUGUCAUCGGAGUCAGUUGGCGUGGUGGGGGAGGGAUGGCCUCUCCCCUCCCAUCUCAUCUCUGCCUCGUUCCUUCCUUUCUCUCUCCCUCCACCCUCACCCUGUCCAAACCCCACACACCCCCUCCAACCCCUCCACCCUACCCCCAUUCUCCAUCCCACCCCUCACUCCACCCUAUCCUCCCACUCCCUCCCUCUACCCACUCCCCUAUCCCCUAUACCCCUCCCCCACUCCACCCCCCUCCUCCCCACUGUCUCCCUCCCCUACUCCACCCGCCCGCAGACUCUGUCCCACCUGCCCCUCCCGUUGCCCGCACACUCACCGACAAUGAGCAACGCGGUUACCUGCAGGGGCCGGCGUCCGAGGAGCAUGGAGGACAUGGUGGCCAGGAGUGCCCAGUAGAAACUGGCCACGUGUAACACCUGCCGUGUGUGGGAAGGAGGGAGUCUGUUACAGCCACUCCCCACCUCACAACCUCCCCACCUCCCCACUCCCCCUCCCCACCUCACAACCUCCCCACCUCCCCACUCCCCCUCCCCACCUCACAACCUCCCCACCUCCCCACUCCCCCUCACAACCUCCCCACCUCCCCACUCCCCCUCCCCACCUCCCCACCUCACAACCU